AUGAGAGCCAAGCGUUCAAAGAAGUACCGCAAGCUCAUGCACCAGUAUGAGCUGGCCUUUGGGUUCCGCGAGCCCUACCAAGUCCUCGUGGACUCGAACUUCCUGCACGCAGUGCACUCCUUCAAGAUGGACCUGAUCCCAGCGCUGGAACGCACGCUCCAAGGCAAAGUGAAGCCUCUCCUCACAAAAUGCUCCCUCGCAGCCAUCAUGGCCUCGCAACCCACAAACCCACGCACCAACAACCCCGUCCGACCCGCCCACCUCCCGCCCCCGACAACCCUCCCGCUCCGCCACUGCUCGCACAACGACACCGACGCCCCCAUCGACGAAACCACCUGUCUGCUCUCGCUGCUCUCGCCCUCGCCGGACGUCAAGCGCAACAAGGAACACUACAUCCUCGCCACCGCCGACCCGCCCAUGCCCAAAGACGCCACGUCCGCGGCGGCGUCCGCCGCAGGCCGAAAGCGCAAGCGCGGCGACGCAGAGGUGCAGGCGGAGGCGGCGCUGCGCCGGGCCAAGACGCUGCGCGCCAGCGCGCGCACUAUCCCCGGCGUGCCGAUCGUGUAUGUCAAGCGGUCGGUGAUGAUUCUGGAGCCGAUGAGUGCGCUUUCGGAGGGGCUGCGCGAGGGGUACGAGAUGGGGAAGUUCCGGGCUGGGCUGAAUGAUGAGACGAGUGCUAAGCCUGCGGAGGGGGAGGUGAAGAAGAAGAAGGCCAAGAAGGUUAAGGGGCCGAAUCCGUUGAGUGUUAAGAAGCCCAAGAAGCGGGCGGCUGAGAAGCCGUCGGAGAAGAAGAAGGAUGCCGCGUCGGGGGAUGCAGAGAAUGCUGGUGAGGGCGAUGAGGCGGCGCCGAAGCCCAAGAGACGGCGGAGACAUCAUCGGUCGAAGCAGGAGGGUACGGGGCCAGGGUCUGAGGAGGCUCCUGCGCCGGCGGAGGAGUGA